UCUACGGGCCACCGAGUUGCCUGGCCAGCGUCCCCAGCUUCAGCUGGCCGGCAGGAGACCACCUGGGCCGGCAUGGAUGAAGAGACCCCUCCGCUGCAAGGGAGGCCGGAUUUAGAGCAGUUUCGGGACAUCAGAGGCCUGGAUUAUUCUCCUUCGCCCGUGAUGUGCCGCUCCAGGAGAAGCAUGAAGCGGGAUGAGAGCAAGGAAACCUACAAACUGCCCCACCGGCUGAUCGAGAAGAAAAGACGAGACCGGAUCAACGAAUGCAUCGCUCAGUUGAAGGAUUUGCUCCCCGAACAUCUCAAACUCACAACAUUGGGGCAUCUGGAGAAAGCCGUCGUUCUGGAAUUAACCUUGAAGCACGUCAAAACUUUAACUGCCUUAACGGAACAGCAGCAUCAGAAAAUCAUUGCUCUACAGAACGGAGACCGAUCCCUGAAGUCUCCUCCACAGUCCGACCUGGAUGCUUUCCACUCGGGCUUCCAAACUUGCACCAAAGAAGUCUUGCACUACCUCUCCCGCUCCGAAAGCUGCACCAGCCAGGAGCAACGCUGCGUCCAGCUGCUGGGACACCUUCACUCGGUUUGCACGCGAUUCUUGCCCGGCUCUCCUCUCUUGAUCCCAAAGCUUUGUGGGCCCCAAGGACGAUGCUCCCUGCAGGAAGGGCAGCAGCAGCAGCAGCAGCCACCACCCCCAGAGCAUCGUCCCGGUGGGACCCUGAAGCAGGAGCCCUCGCAGCCCCACUGUGUGCCCGUCAUCCAAAGGACUCAAAACUGGGGUAAGGGCCCAGCUGCCCAUCACCUGCCCUCCAGCAUCCCUGAGCAAGGCAGCGAGCACGACACCGACACGGACAGCGGCUAUGGCGGCGAGUGCGAGGGGAAGAACCCCCAGGCCGGCUGGAUGGUCAAGCGGGAGCCUGCAGGUGAAGGGGGGGAAGAGGAGGAAGCCCCCGAGGGGCCCAAAAGACGCAGGCUGGAGGACCCUGGCAACCCCUCCGUCAGCAAGGGGCAGCAAGGGGUUGUGGGGAGGCCAGACCCGGCUCUUCUGAACCCCCUGGUGGCUUUGGGCCUGGGGGCCAGUGGGGGUCUCGGGGGGUCUCUCUUGGGCCAAGCCCCCACCGCUCCCUUCUGCUUGCCUUUCUACUUCAUCGCCCCCUCGGCUUACAUGCAGCCUUUCCUGGAGAAGAUCAGCCUGGAAAAAUCACUCUACCCCGCUGGGGGGCCUGGCGGACCCCUCCCCUUCAUCUACCCAGGGAUGCCCAUCCAAGGGGCCACAGGUUCUGCUGCUUUUCCUUCCCUCACCGUGGCCGCCCCUGCGGCAGCUGCCGAGAAAGGGAGCUCACUUUCAGGGACAGCCCCCCUCUUUCCUGGGGAGGGAACCCCCGCUGCUCACCCCCCUCCCCAGCUUUUCCCUCACAAGCCAGCCAGGCUAAACCCAGACACAGAUCCUCCUCGCCCUUCCCCAAAGCUCGAGCUGCAGCCUAGCCGGGAGAAACCUUUGCAAAGGUCCAGCAUUUAACCACCACCCCCGGAAAUUAGGAUGGGGGGAUUCCCAUAAGCGGGAAUCUCAAUUGACUAUUGAUUGUCUCUCUUUUUUAUAUAUAUAUAUAUAGAGAAAAUCCCAUUUCUGCCUCUUGCUUUGCUGAGGUCCUUUGGGAAGCAUCUUUUGGAACAGGGGUCUCCAACUUUGGCCACUUUAAGCCUGGAGGACUUCAACUCCCAGAAUUCCCAGAAUCCCCCAGCCAGCAAAGAAUUCUGGGAGUUUAAGUCCUCCGGGCUUAAAGUGGCCAAGGUUGGAGACCCCUGCUUUGGAAAGUUUAUCCUUUCCUCUCCCUUUCCCUAUAUAGGUUGUCCUCGACUUACGAUGAUUCAUUUAGUGACCGUUUGAGGUGACGACAUCCAUGAAACAAGGGACCUAUACGACCGUUUUUCACACUUGCAGCAUCCUCCACCUGCUCCUGUUGGUCAGGGGAUCAAAAUUCAGAUGCUUUGGCAACCGACUCAUAGUUAUGACGGUCGCAGUGUCCCGGGGGAGGAGAUGUCAUGUGAUCUCCUUUUGGGGGGGGAGCCAGGUUCACUUAACAACCAUGCGGCUUAACUUCACCGCAGGGAUUCCCUUAACGAAUGGGUCGUAAGGUGGGGCAAAACUCGCCGAACACCCAAAUUCCACUUAACGACGGUUGCUAAUUUUGAGAACGGGAAGCCCCAUUCCGCUCAGCAACAGAAAUGCGGACGUAAGUCGAGGACCUCCUGGUUCAUUUCGGUGAAACUGACUUCAGAGUAAACCUGGUGUGAAAGAAAGAAUCUUAGCGGAUUCAGAUUAAUUUUUUAUUUUUUUUUAGUUUCGAGGAGCUGGCCUGACUUCCUGGGGACUUAGGACACCUUUGUAGGGAAUACUCUCGCCUUGUCCCAUUCCCUUGUUCUGGAUUCGGCCCUGUGUUUUAUUUGUACGUGGUGGAAGAACGACAGAUCUAGAACCAGGUGGAUUAACUCUAGACCAGGGACGGCUAACCUUCUUUGCCGUCACGUGCCAAAAGCAGGGGGGGGUUAUGCGUGUGCAUGCCCACACCCAUAAUUCAAUGCCACUGGCGCAUGUGUGCACGCCCCCCCCUUCCCGCACCCCAUUUUUGGGCUAGGAAGCCUACAUAGAGCCUCCGGAGGGAGAAAAUCGCCUCCCCCCUCCCCAGAGGUCCUCCGGAGGCUGGAAACAGCCCGUUUCCUGACUUCCAGUGGGACUGGUAGGACCGUUUUUUCGCCCUCCCCUCAUUCCAGAAACUUUCCUGGAGGCUGGAAGGGCAAAAACGGCCUCCCCCAUCCCCCAGAGGCCCUCCGGAGGCCGAAAACGCCCUCCCAGAGCCUCCACACGAGCCCUGUACCUACCUGGUAUCCAAAACGGGCUGCGUGGAGACUCCUGGGAGGGGAGGGGUGGCAUGGGUGGGGUCAGCCGAAAACCAGCUGGCUAAUAAUUAAAUUAUUUAUUUAAUUAAAAGUUUAAUUAAAUAAAUAAAUAAAUGUGCGCUGGAGCUGAGCUAGGGCAACGGCUCAUGUGCCCGCAGAUAUGGCUUCAUAUGCACAGGUUCGCCAUCACAGCUCUAGACGGUACCCAGAUUGUUGGGGGCCAGCCCACCGGACCUAACCCUGCAUCCGAACAAGCGUUGAAACCCGAGGAACUGUAAUCGUAUUUCCCAAGGGUACUUUUCUUCUUUUUCUCAAAAGGUACCCGGGCUUCCUUGUUUUUCUUUGAAGACUUUUCCCUUCUCAUCCAAGAAGCUUCUUCAGUUCUGACAGAAUGGUGGAGGAUGGAAGGAUUUAUGUUCCUUUGCAGUCCUCUGGUUGUUAGCGCUUUUUCUGAGAGUCGUUGAGGCCACUUGGGAGUCCCAGAGGUGUGUUGUUGUUUUUUUCCCCCAAGAGACAACCGGACUUUCUGUUUUUUCUUUGAAGACAUUUCGCUUCUCAUCCAAGAAGCUUCUUCAGCUUUGAGCUGAAGAAGUUCCAGAAAGCCGAAGAAGCUUCUUGGAUGAGAAGCGAAAUGUCUUCUAAGAAAAGGGGCUGCCACAAAGAAGAGGGAGUCGGGCUGUUCUCCAAAGCACCUGAGGGUAGAACAAGAAGCAAUGGGUGGAAACUGAUCAAAGAAAGAAGCAACUUAGAACUAAGGAGAAAUUUCCUGACAGUUAGAACAAUUAAUAAGUGGAACGACUUGCCUUCAGAAGUUGUGAAUGCUCCAACACUGGAAAUUUUUAAGAAAAUGUUGGAUAACCAUCUGACUGAGAUGGUGUAGGGUUUCCUGCCUGGGCAGGGGGUUGGACUAGAAGGCCUCCAAGGUCCCUUCCAACUCUGAUGUUAUGUUAUGUUAUGUUAUGUUAUGUUAUGUUAUGUUAUGUUAUGUUAUGUUAUGUUAUGUUAUGUUAUGUUAUGUUAUGUUAUGUUAUGUUAUGUUAUGUUAUGUUAUGUUAAAAACAAGAAAGUUCAAAAAAAACGUGAGAGAAGGCUGUUCAAUUUGGACAUUGAUGGCCUCUGUGACCCCACUUUCAAGCCAGCAGUCCUCUCUGUCCAAAAUGUGGACUUUACCAUCUUCAAAAGACCGGCCUUUGUCUUUUAAAUGCAGACGGACCGCUGAAUCUUGUCCUGAUGGGUUUGUCCUCCUACGUUGUGCCAUGGGUUUGUGAAGUGGCUGUUUUGUUUCUCCAACGUGCAGAUCCGUACAUGUUUCACUCAGAAAGAAGUGCUAACAAACAGAUGCCUGCAAGGAAUAUAAAUCCUUCCAUCCGCCACCAUUCAGUCAGAACUGAAGAAGCGAAACAUCUUCAAGGGAAAACAAAGUCCGGUUGCCUUUUGAGGAAGGAAGGAAGGAAGGAAGAAGGAAAGAAAAAAGAAAGAAAAAGAAAAAAUGAAAGAAGGAGGGAGGAAGGAAGGAAGAGAGAGAGAGAGAGAAAGAAAGAAAAAGAGAGAGAGAAAGAAAGAAAGAAAGAAAGAAAGAAAGGGAGAGAGAAAGAAAGGGAGGGAGGAAAAAAGAAAAAGAAAAAGGAAGGAAGGAAAUGAGAAAGAAUGAAAGGAGGAAAGAAGGAAGGAAGAAAGAGAGAAAGAAAGAGAAAGAAAGGAAGGAAGGAAGGGAGAGAGAGAGAAAGAAAGAAAGGAAAGAAAGAAAGAAAAAGAAAGAAGGAAAGAAGGAAGGAAGGAAAGAAGGAAGGAAGGAAGGAAGGAAAUGAGAAAGAAUAAAAGGAGGAAAGAAGGAAGGAAGAAAGAGAGAAAGAAAGAAAGAAAGAAAGAAAGAGGAAGGAAGGAAGGGAGAGAGAGAGAAAGGAAGGAAGGAAAGAAAGAAAGAAAAAGAAAGAAAGAAAGAAAGAAGGAAAGAAAGAGGAAGGAAAGAAGGAAGGAAGGAAGGAAGGAAGGAAGGAAGGAAGGAAGGAAGGAAAUGAGAAAGAAUAAAAGGAGGAAAGAAGGAAGGAA